AUGGCAUCCCUGGAACCUAAAGGUCUAGACCGAGCCAAGCCAGAAGAGGAGAUAUUGCAAAGGUUAUCCCAUGCGGUGGAGAUAUCAGGAGAAGAUAGCAUAUUUCCGUUAGAAAAUCAUUUCCUACCUUUGACCAGCGAUCUCGAAUUUUCUCCACCUCACCAUAAGGAAAUAAAGCCUCCAGCGCCGUCAAAGGUACAUACUCCACCAACUUACUCUCCAUCUGAAUUCCCUAUCGAUUCCGCAAAACUUUUCGAGCCUUCUACUCAACCUGUAGCUGCUCGAAUUGCAAGAUGUCUAUCACCAAAAGAACUUGACCCAGGCCAGGAGGUGGCGAUAAGUUCCUCGGAAGGAUCAUACGACAAUACCGCGCACGAUGUGUUCACCGACCCACGACCUGCAACACCACUCGGUGUUUUAAACACACCAUUCCAAACCCCUGGUGAAGAUCAUGGCUUGUCAGAUCCAUUAUUUAAACCAGGUGUGUAUCUUGGAACUUUGAAACAGCCAGAUCGCAAGCUUGGUGAUAGGAAUGUAGUUUAUGCGACUAUCAAUAAAAAGGCGGCAUCUCACAGCUGGUCUUCUCCCAUUGUACUGACCGCCCACAAAACUAAUAAGUAUGGAGGUUACUGCAAACUCAACCGAAAUCCCCGAGUUGAAUUUGAUGAAAUUGAUAUCCGAGAUGAUCUAAAAGAUAAAUGUUAG